AUGGAAGCUGUGAGACAUUCUCAUUCCUCCAUGCCUCUUGUUUCCAGAUUGGAUCAUUUGGAUUUCGUUAUGAAAUAUUUCGAAGGAAAACAACAUUUACCAAAAUGGGGAGGCAGUUGUUCGGUUGGAGUUGCAGAGAGGCAAUCCGUGCCGACGGAUUUGGCAGUGAAGGAGGCUUACUUUAAAGGGUCACUGAUGGAUCGAGUGGCAUGCCUUGAACAUAGGCUUUUUCAGCUAUGCUUAGAGUUAGAAUCCAGCAGCACAUUCACCAGUUCAUCACGGACCUCUGGGUAUGCAUCUUCUGGGCAAGGGUUGCCAACUUUCUCACUGGCGACUUACAGUAAUCUAAAUCAAGGACACCAAGAAGAGUCCGUUGACCAUGCUAACAGGAUUGGACUUCAGGCAAAGGAGAAAUCUCAGAGAGAAGAGCAAGAGAGGAAGCAUUCAAAACCUAUGAAGCAAAAACUUGGGAAGAAUAAACCUAAUAGAGAUGAGAAGACAUGCAAAAGUCGGAAGAAGAAAUUGCUUACCAAAUGGCCUCCACUGAAACUCUUAGGGUGUUAA